AUGGCCCGUGCCUACGUGUGGGUCCUGUGCUGGAUCCCUUCCCUCGCCCCUGUUGUGGUUCGGGAGGGCUGGAACAAAAGCCCGGGGCACCUCCUAAUCCUGCAGUACCCCCUAACCCUGCUAUACCCCCUAACUCUGCUGUACCCUCUAAGCCUGCAGCACCUCUUAACCCUGCUGUACCUCCUACCCCUGCUACAUCCCCUGAUCCUGCUGUACCCCCUAACCCAGAGGAGACAACUCCGAGAGAUUGAGACCCGCAGUGACCGGACUGCACGUUACUACUACUACUGGCACCUGAGGAAGCAGGUGCUGCAUUCCCAGUGUGUCCUGCGGGAAGAGGCCUAUUUCCUCCUCACCGCCUUCGCCCUCCAAGCCGACCUGGGAGACUUCAAGCGCAACAAGCACUACGGGAAGUACUUCGAGCCCGAAGCCUAUUUCCCCGCCUGGGUGGUUGCAAAGAGGGGCAAGGACUACAUCCUGAAGCACGUCCCCAACAUGCACAAAGACCAGUUUGCCCUGACGGCCUCUGAAGCCCAUCUCAAGUACAUCAAGGAGGCCGUCCGGCUCGACGACGUGCCCGUGCACUACUACAGGUUGUACAAGGACAAAAGGGAAGUGGAGGCCUCCCUGACGCUGGGGCUGACAACACGGGGCAUCCAGAUCUUCCAGAAUUUGGAUGAAGAAAAGCAGCUGCUCUACGACUUCCCGUGGACAAACGUGGGAAAACUGGUUUUUGUGGGCAAGAAGUUUGAGAUCCUGCCUGACGGGCUGCCCUCUGCCAGGAAGCUCAUUUACUACACGGGGUGCCCGCUGCGCUCCCGGCACCUGCUGCAGCUGCUGAGCAGCAGCCACCGGCUCUACAUGAACCUGCAGCCCGUCCUGCGCCAGGUCCGGCGCCUGGAGGAGAACGAGGAGAAGAAGCAGUACCGGGAAUCCUACAUCAGCGACACCCUGGACCUGGACAUGGAGCAGCUGGAGAAGCGCUCGCGCGCCAGCGGCAGCAGCGCCGGCAGCAUCCGCACAAGGCGGCUCUCCCGGCAUUCCACCGCCAGCCACAGCAGCUCCCACACCUCCGGCAUCGAGGCCGACCCCAAGCCCAGGGAGAUGGGGCCCGACGACGGCUUCUCCGGCGCCGGCGCCCACCGCAAGCUGAAGACCUGCAGCUCCAUGACCAGCCACGGCAGCUCCCACACCUCCGGCGUGGAGAGCGGCGGGAAGGACCGGCUGGAGGAGGACUCCCAGGAUGAUGAAAUCGAGAUGCUGGUGGAUGACCCCCGGGAGCUGGAGCAGGCUGGAGACAUGGAGGUGAGCCCCGACAUGUGUGUCUACAUCACGGAGGACAUGCUGCUGUCCCGCAAGUUCAACGGGCACUCGGGGCUUAUCGUGAAGGAGAUCAGCUCCUCCACCUCCAGCUCCUCGGAGACGGUGGUGAAGCUGCGGGGGCAGAGCACCGACUCCCUGCCCCAGACGUCGUGCAGGAAGUCGAAGACGUCGACGGACCGGCACAGCCUGAGCCUGGACGACAUCCGGCUCUACCAGAAGGACUUCCUCCAGCUGGCCAACCUGUGCCAGGACACGGCGCAGAGCUACACCUUCGGCUGCGCCCACGGGCUGGACGAGGACGGGCUCUACUGCAACGGCUGCCUGGCCCAGCAGUGCAUCAACAUCCAGGAGACCUUCCCCGUCAAAAGAACCAGCAAAUACUUCUCCUUGGACCUCACCCACGACGAAGUCCCCGAGUUCGUGGUCUGAGCGCCUCGGAGGGAGGGGGCAGGACCUGCUGCCCGCCCUCGGGGGUGGGGGAGGAUGGGGCUCCCUGCCCUGCAUGGAGGGGGGGUGUCCACAGCGCCUUCCCCCCACCCCGCCCCGCUCCCUGUUCCCGUGGGAACCGCGGCACCGGGAGGAUUUGUCCCGAUGGGGAUCCCCGGGCGCGGCGGAUCGACUCCGGAUGAGUCUGUGCCAAACACAAGCUGUCUUAUUUCGACUGGGAGAAGCACAGCUCGCCUGACCAGCAGAAGCCCACCCGUGUUUUCUCGUCGUGGCCUCUUCCCCUCCUUGCCCCCCACCCCGUCUGAGAGAAAGUGCCAGACUGUUGAGUUCAAGUCAAGCCAAAGAAAUGUAAAUAACCCUAAAGGCCAGUAUGGGAAGGGAGAAUUAAGCAAUAAUGAUGUUCCGUGGAGGAAGGCACGGCUGGGGCAGAGCAUCAUCCCGGUUCUUCCAAAAACACGUCCUGGGGGUCAGGCCAGAGCGGUUCCCAGCGAGGUGGAUGGUGGCUGGGAGUUGGCAGAGCCAUUUGCAACUUGUUUUAAUCUUUUUCUUUAAAAAAAAAUUUUUUUUUUUUUUGAGAGCAAAACCCCAAAACCA